UUUGCCAAGAUUUUCAAUGUUGUCCUUGUAGUAGGUAUAUAACAAUAAUGUUUUCAUCUGAAAGUUAGACAGAUUCUCAAUUACAAGAACUUCUCAAAUUAAACCGUUUCAUACACUCAUCAACAUAAGAACACAAUUGCCAUCCUCAUAUAUAAAUCUAAUUCAUACCGAUUCUCAAUUACAAAGACACAAUGGCGGCAUCAUCUUCCGUAAGUGCCUGUUCCGCUCAUCCCGUGCUAGAAUCGAUCAAAUCUCUAACAAUUUUUACAGGCAGACGUAUUUGCAUACAUUGUUGCAAUCUUUGUUCCUCCUCUAGCUGUCUUCCUCAAGGUUGCAUGUGGAGUCGAUUUUCUUAUCAACAUCUGCUUGACCAUCCUUGGUUGGAUUCCAGGUGUUAUCCGUAAGCACAUUGCGAUCUAAUCUAUGUAUUUUCUGAUUAACUCAUGACAUUUAGAUGCCUGGUACGUUAUUUCAAAGCAUGAUCCGGCGAGAUAUGCUCCAUAAAUGAUACCACAAGACAUGAGAUAUGAGAAACAAGACGGAUGAUAGGUGUGGGUGGUAAUUCGAGACGGUGGUACGCUAAAGCGCGAGAUUAAUGAGAGGAUAUUGGCGUUAAUGGUCGGAGGGAAUUCAUGAUAAUCUAGUCCCAGCGAGAUGAUGCUAUUCCGGGAGUUAAAUAUCAUUUCUAUACCAGAUAGGAGUUAUGCAAAUCGAUCAACUACUGCUCUUCAUAAUCUCAAACGGACACUUAUCACGCUCCCUGCCAAGGCAUUAUUGUAUCAAUACCACUCCGGCCGGAUAGAACGGAACUGUGGCCCAGUAGAUAUGUCGAGCUAAA